CGUCGAGAUGCUCCAGUCGCUCUUGCGACGCCGGGCAGUCGCGCUGCGGCUGUCCCCACCCUCGACUCGCCUCGCGUCGCUCCCUCUCCUCGCCAGCACCGCCGCCGCCUCGCCAUCGAGAACCCUCGCCACGACCUCGCCCGCGCGCGAGACCUCGCUCGCCGACAAGCUGCGUGCAGCGCGGGCGCAGCGCACCGACGGCGCCCCAGCUCCCACCCGCCCUUCCUCUCCCGCACCCGCCGAUGCGAGCGGGCCCUCCACCGCGCCCGCCAGCAGCUCCGACAAGGGCUCCAGUACCCGCUCGACCGCCGAGCAGCCGCUCAUGACGUCGCAAGGCGCGCGCAUCCCCGGGCGGGCGCACGUCGACAUGAUCGAGGUGCGCGAGGCCAACACGGAGAAGCAGCUCAAGGAGAACCAGGUGGCGGCGCGGCGGGCCAAGCGCAGACCCAAGACGGCGGCGCGCAAGGCGCACGUCGCGCCGGUCAGGUUGGACAAGGAGGUGGCCGAGGGCGACGGCGAGAAGGGCGUGUCGGCGUUCGAGGGCAUCGUCAACCGGGGCGAGCGCCGACCCGCAACCGCGCCCGAGAUUGUCGCCAAGCUCGACCAGAUCACGUCGCUCAAGCGUCGCGUCCGCAAGGUCCACCAGCUCCUGCAGCCGUGGGACAAGCUCACGCCGUCGCAGCGGUACCGACAGGUUCACUUUGCCCGAGAGCGGCGACCCGACCACUGUCGAGCAGCUGCCGACGGCGACAACGUGGCCUCGACAUCGGCGUCGUCCGCCGAGUCGCAGAACGUCAAGGCCGAGCUCGAGCAGGCCGUCGCCGACCGGUGGCCCGAGACGCUCGUCAAGCUCCGCGAGAACGAGAAGGCCCUCAACCGCGAGCUCGCCAAGGCGCGCACCGAGCUGGGCGAGCUGCGCGCCCUGCCCGUCCCCAAGAAGGGCUCGGUCCCCGAGCGCGACGGCCCGCCGCUCAUGGAGCAGAUCGCGCAGACGCUCCCGUUGUCGGGAGACAAGAAGGUCGAGCGCGAGCGGGCGGCGCCGCAGAAGAAGAAGGCGGGCGAGGGAGAGGCGGACCGAGCGGGUGCGGGCACGAGCAGCGCAGACCGCUACACCGAGCACCCUGCGCUUCGCGACUCAUCCUCGAACUCGACCACGGACAACGUCUCGUCCCAAACCGCGCCCAACCGCGACCUGUCGUCGUUCCAGCACGUCCUCACCGCCUCUACCAUCCCCUACAUCCCUCGCCCUUCCCCUCUCGGCGACGUCCCGAUCGCGACCCUCGCCCACUCGCUCGACCGCGUCCUGUUCAACCCGGGCGUCCACUUCCUGCGCGACCCUCGAACGGGCGUGUACAACUUUGCGCGCGACGUCCUCGAGAACGUGCCCAAGGUCGACGAGUUCGACUUUGACAAGCUCCCGCAGUACAUCACGAGCUCCAAGGACAAGACGCUCAAGGGCCUGCUCGAGACCGAGGGCAGGACGUUCGCCGGCAGCACGAGCUCGACCAUCGGCAUGCUCUGCCAGAUCUACUUCUGGCUGAGCAAGGGCAAGCCGAUCAACACGGGCAUGCUCAGCAGCGACUUUGCGACGGCGUCCAAGGAGUUCAGCAUGGGCCAGCAGCUCCCGGCGUCGGUCGUCCUGCGCCACGACAACGGGCGCUACAGCAUCGACGCCGACAAGAGCCUCGAUUCCGGGAUCGAGACCAACAUCCUCGCUCACUACGGCCACCUCAUGGAGAAGCUCUUGACGACCGAGGCGAGCGAGUUCAAGCGGUUCCUGCACGACAGCGGGGACCCGGCGCCGUCCGAGGCGGACCACCGCCAGGCGUACCACUACGGCAUGACCGACCACCUCGUCCUUCGCUCUCAGCUCGACGCGCACAACGAGCACCUGCCCAACAAGACGUUCGACCUCAAGACGCGUGGGACCGUCGCCAUCCGGCAGGACCGGCUCAACUACGAGGAGUCGGCCGGGUACGUCAUCGACAAGCUGCGCGGCCCUUGGGAGUCGUUCGAGCGCGAGUACUACGACCUCAUCCGGUCGGCGUUCCUCAAGUACCAGUUCCAGGCGCGCAUCGGCUGCAUGGACGGCAUCUUUGUCGCGUACCACUCGACUGCGCGGUUCUACGGGUUCCAGUACGUGCCCGUGAGCGAGAUGGACGAGGCCCUGUUCGGCAACUCGGCGACGGGCGACGCCGUGUUCCGCCUCGCGCUCGGCACCCUCGAGACGAUCCUGCACCGGGCCAAGGACUGCUACCCGGGCGAGAGCGUCAACGCGACGUUCGCCGUCGACCCGGACGCCGACGUCCUGCGCGUCUUUGUCGCGCGCCAGGCCGACAUCGAGGCGCGCACGAGCCUCGGCCCGACCACUCUCGACGCCGCGCCUGCGUCGAGCGACGGCGAGGCGCAGCAGCAGGACCCGGUCGUGCCACCGCCGCCGCCGCCGAUCCCGAUGACGCUCCUCGAGGUGCGCGGCACGAGCUUCCUCAACGGCGAGGCGCAGGACAAGCCCGUCACGCUCCCGUCCUCGACCGACGCGUCCGACGACCUGCGCCACCCAGGCGCGCGCAAGACGUGGCAGCUCGCGUUCGACAUCAAGGCCUCGUCGUCGACCUCGCCCCGGGACCAAGACCCAGUGUCACCGUUCGACAUCGUGCGCCUGUUUGGGCAGACGCGCGAGCACCAGCAGAUGUUUUCGAGCCUGUACCUGCCUACGGGGGUCUCGCCCGUCGAGGUGCGCGACGCGCAGGCAAAGGCGCAAUCGGCGGGCGUCGAGCUCGACGAGAGCGACCUCGCGUUAAGGUUCCCGGUCGCCGAGGGCCUCGAGUACACGAGCCCGAGCAGGGGGGUCAAGGCGCUCCGGCGCAGGGCGCGCGAGGGCGACGAGAGGCGCAGGGUGGACGACGAGAGGAGGAGGGGCGACAAGGUGGUCGAGGUGCGCAGCGAGGUCGUGCAGUGCGACGAGGUCCUCGAGUAGACGGGUCCUGUACAGCUCUCUCCUCUCUCUCUCUCCCCUCUUUUUGUUGUAGCUGCAUACCUCUCUCGCAUUCGCAACGUCGCUCGUCCCCUC